UUCGUCAUGACGGCACGUCCGUUGGUUACCAUCUAUAAUGAAAAAGGUGAGACAACCGAGUCACAAGUGAAACUACCAGGCGUAUUCAGGGCCCCAAUCCGCCCUGACAUUGUUAAUUUCAUACACGAUCAAAUUCGCAAAAACAAACGACAACCGUAUGCCGUUUCAACUGAGGCCGGCCACCAAACAUCGGCUGAAUCAUGGGGAACGGGUCGUGCAGUUGCUCGAAUCCCACGUGUUCGCGGUGGUGGUACGCAUCGUUCUGGCCAGGGUGCAUUCGGAAAUAUGUGUCGUGGAGGUCGUAUGUUCGCACCAACCAAGGUUUAUCGUCGUUGGCAUCGCCGUGUUAAUGUUGCACAAAAGCGUUAUGCAAUAGUGUCUGCGUUAGCGGCAUCUGGAGUGCCAGGUUUAGUGCAAGCACGAGGACAUAUCAUCGAUGAGAUCCCUGAAGUACCAUUCGUUGUCAAUGAUAAGAUUGAGGCAUUCAAAAAGACUAAGGAAGCUUUUAUUUUUUUGCGUCGAUCACAUGUGUGGGCCGAUAUUGAAAAGGUUUAUAAUUCGAAACGUUAUCGUGCCGGUAAAGGAAAAGGGCGUAAUCGUCGUUACAAGUCGAAGCUCGGUCCAUUGGUGAUCUACAAUCAAGAUAAUGGUGUCGUGAAAGCUUUCAGAAAUAUCCCAGGGGUUGAUUUGCUGUGUGUAGAUCGUUUGAAUCUGCUGAAGGUUGCGCCUGGUGGUCAUGUUGGUCGUUUGAUCAUUUGGACCGAGUCAGCGUUUCGUAAGCUUGACCUAAUCUAUGGUACUGAGGUCAGAAAAUCAGUGGCUAAGGCAAACUUCACGAUGCCCAGAGCGAAGAUGUGCAACGCUGACUUCUCAAGAAUUAUUCGUUCGGAAGAGAUUGUGAAGGCAGUACGACCACCAAAGAAGACAAUGAAAACAGUACGUGUACACAGAAAUCCACUGAAACGAUCUGCGGUCUUGGUGAAACUGAAUCCGUAUGCUGCUGUCAUAAAACGAGCUGCGAUACUGGCACAACGCAAGCAUCAGAAUUUGAAUAAUCCAUUGGAGGAAAAGAUUCAGGUGAUUUUAUGAGAACGCAAAGAAGGCACUGGCAGUGCGGAAGACGGUUAA